AUGAUUGAUGGACAACAACAGUUACGAGGACAAGCUCAAGCUCAAGCAAGACAAUGCAGAAUGCCGUUGAAUUACAUUUGGAAUUCAGCCAUCCCAACGAAAGUGUCAUUUCUAGUUUGGGCUACAGCAAUGAAUGGAUUACCAACUAUUGAUCGUUUACGUCGAAGAGGGAUGGCAAUCACAAACAUUAACUGUUGUCUGUGUCAUCAAGAACACGAAUCAAUUUCACACAUCUUUAUUCAAUGUGAGUUUGCAAAGAAAGUGUGGGAUCAUUUCUUAAACUUGUUGGAAAUUAGAUGGAGGCCGCCAGAUUCAUGUAUGGAUUUCGUUGUGUCUUGGCAGUUGAAAUUCAGGACCGAACUAAGGGAAUUUCUUAAAUUCUGUUUGCCCUUCGCCAUAUGGCAGCAAAUCUGGGAGGAAAGGAACGAUAGAGUUUUCCGCAACAAGGAAAAAACAUUAGAAAGGGUUAUUAUUCAAGUGAAGGCUUCCUUAUUCAGUUGGGCGAGAGUUCAUGAAUCCUUUAAGCAUUUUAAGUUUGUGGAUUUCAUGCACGGUUGGGAGGUUUUUAAGUAG